CGACCUUCGAUAAUGUUUUUGUAUUUGUCGCCAUAGUAGGGGUGACGUAAAUUAAUUCUCGUUCCUUUUUUUAUCUCUUUUUGCAACUGUCACUUAAAAAAUAAAUAAUCUGAAUCUGUUAACACAAAAUUGUAUAGUAAAAAAUUGUUAUAAAAAGAAAUUUCCAACGAAAUUUAUAUGACGAUUUCCUGGGCAGUAAUUAUUUACCAAAAGAUGUUGAAUUAAGCUCGAAUCUAGAUCGAACAAAAAUGAGUUUGCAGCUUGUUUUAACGAGUCUCUAUCCUCCCGAUUCAUAUCAAAAUUGGAAUGAAAAAUUAAAUUGGCAACCAAUUCCUAUAAACUACAAAACUAUUGAGGAUGACUAUUUAUUUCAACCAACGCUUCACUGUAAAUUACUUAGAGACGAAUAUUAUAAGGAAUGGAAUAGCACCGAAUUAAGAGAAACAAAAUUAGAUUUUCAUGAAUUGGGACAAAAUUUAAGUUAUCUGACCGGAUACCCUCUAGAUCAUCCUGAUAAACUUUCGGGUCUUUAUGCCGAUCUUGACAGCUUGGAAACAAUUGGAUUUCAUUUUCCGAAUUGGGUUGAUUACUAUUUUCCAACUGGACCACUCUUAAAUGUUGUUGAAACAACUUUAAAAGUUAUUAAUAACAAUAAUUUAUUGAAACGACUUAAUGGAGGAAAAUUUUUACGACAAUUUUUGGAAAAUAUUUCUGCUGUAACUAAAAGUUCUCCUAAAGUUGAGAGUAAUCCAAAAUUGUAUUUAUACAGUGGACACGAUCUUAAUGUUGUGGCUUUUCUCCUUGCUUUGAACAGUACUGAAUCGCUUUUAACAAGAUUUACAAGUACAAUAAUAAUGGAAUUAUUAUUGAUUGACAAUAACUAUUACGUAAAGAUAUUGUAUUACUUGGGAAUUCCACCAGUUACAAAAGAAUUGAAGAUUUUUAACUGUGAAAAUCCUUGUCCAUUGGAAGAAUUUCAAAAUCUUGUUAAGCAUUUACUUCCAUCAGAUGAAGAGUUUUUUUGUUCUUAA